GAACCAGAACUUCGGGAAGCUAGGAUGAAACUCGGAGUGUUUUCAGAUGAUGAAGUUAAACUGUUUCACUUUCACUCCGGUUGGCCCCACGCAGCCUCCUGCGGCCCCACGCUGAGUGAGUCCGGAUCGUUCAAGAGCUUCGGCUCGUCACCUGACAUCCGCCAAUCAGCGGCCGAGGGAGGCGGCGUCCUGGCGGUAAAGGCAGCUCAAUUAACCAGAGGGGAGCGCAAUUUAAAUCCAAAACAGUUGCGGAGGCGCGCAGCGGCAGGAAACACACACCGACACACUCCGGCUGCCGUAGCGGGUCAGAGAGGAGCGCAGUCCGGAACCUCGGGUCCGGAACCUCAGGUCCGGGUCAUCUCGGAGCGGAGCCGCGUCCUUCCAGUUUGCGCUUUUUUUCCUGGAAGCGGCGCAUCUCCUGCGGACUUGAGGGAGGAAUGCUGAUCUCUGAGCGGAUAGCCCUCAGCUCCCGGUGACUCCCGGCGGGGCUCCGAGCCCUCCGCGGCCGCCCGCAGCGGCUCUCCCCCGGCCUUUCUCGGCUCCAGCGGCCGGUCUUAUGAGCGCGGCGUUCGGUCCGUCCUUCAUGGUGAUGCAGCGGCCACUCGGAAGCACCACCGCCUUCAGCAUCGACUCCCUGAUCGGCGGGCCCUCGCAGCCCAGCCCGGGACACUUCGUCUACACCGGGUACCCGAUGUUCAUGCCCUAUCGCUCCGUGGUGCUGCAGCCGCCGCCGCCGCCGCCGCCGGCCCUGCAGCAGGCGCUGCCCGGCGGACACCACCCGCAGAUCCCCGGCCUGCAGAGCGGCUUCUGCUCCAGCCUGGCGCAGGGUUUGACGCAGGGUUUGACGCAGGGCAUGGCGCUCACCUCCACCCUCAUGGCCUCGCUGCCCGGCGGCUUCUCCCCGUCCCAGCAGCACCAGGAGGCCGCCAGGAAGUUCGGCUCGCAGGCCCUGCGGUUGGAGGCGGAGGACGGGAAGAGCUUCCUGCCCGGUAAAGAAUCCGCGCUGCCGGCCUUCCACGACGCGGACGCGCCGCUGCAGACUUCCACAGCCAGAGCUCUGUCCAAGGAGGAGUCCAAGGAGGAGGACAGCGGCCGGAAGGACGAGAGCUUCUCCAUGGACAGCGACCUGGACUACAGCUCCGACGACAACCUCACGUCCCUCUGCCACAAAGAGGACGCGGACGGCGGCGGAGGCCUGGACGACGCGCCGCACCUGCACGGCGCGGCGUCCGGCGCGGCGGGAGGCGGCGCGACGGGCGGCGGCGGCAAGAACCGGCGGCGGCGCACCGCGUUCACCAGCGAGCAGCUGCUGGAGCUGGAGAAGGAGUUCCACUGCAAGAAGUACCUGUCGCUCACCGAGCGCUCCCAGAUAGCGCAUGCGCUCAAGCUGAGCGAGGUGCAGGUCAAGAUCUGGUUCCAGAACCGGCGCGCCAAGUGGAAACGGGUCAAGGCCGGAAACGUCAACAACAAGUCCGGGGAGCCGAGCCGGAACCCCAAGAUCGUGGUUCCGAUCCCGGUGCACGUCAGCCGCUUCGCCAUCAGGAGUCAGCACCAGCAGAUGGAGCAGGCCCGGCCGUAGGACGGUUCGGAUGGGUUCGGACCGAUCCGGCACAACUAGACUCCUCUGUCGUCAUUUGUUUUUGACUCGUUAAAUUAAAAUGUUUCCUCUUCACUCCGUGACUCUGCUGAGACGGAUCUCACUGACCGGUUCUUUUUAACGUCUGAGCCCGAGAACGUUCAACCUGCUGAAAGAGCCGCAGUUUUUCACCGCAAAGUGCGCGUGGAGCAGCUGAUGAUGUAAAUACAGACCGGAAGCUGCGCGCGCUUGACUGAAUGAAGCUGCUAACUUAUUUAUACACUGAUGUGAAAAUCUGCGAUUAAAGGACGCAAAGUGA